AUGACGUCGAGCUCGACGGCCUCGUUCACCGCCGGUCUGGCAAGCGGAGAUUGUGCCCCCAAAGGCGUCAACGGAUCGUCUCCUUCCAGAGUGCCAAGGAGGCUGUGCUCGCUUUCACAGCCGCCGUCACUGUCUGCGUUCAAGACACUGUGCUCUCAGUCGACCAGCCGCGAGACCUAUCCCCACGGGUCGGCCAUCGUAUCCAACAUCCCCAUCUACGAUCUCCCCACAGAUGCGGCGGCAGCUGACCCGGGUUUCAUCGACGAGCUGCAAGACGAAUGGCACCACAUCCUCCUCUCUGGGCCCGGCGUCGUGGUCCUCCGCAACUUCACGCCAGACACGGCGCUGCUUGAGCAGGUCAACACCGUCUUCUCCGACAUUAUCGCCGCUGAAGAAUCCGCCGCCGCCGCUGAGGGGCCACACAACAAAGGCGACCACUUUGCCGCGAGCGGGACCAAUGCGCGGAUCUGGAACUCGUUCCAGAAACACGCCGAACGGGACCCGUCGUCCUUCGUGCGGUACUACUCCAACCCGUACCUGGCCGCCGUGUGCGCCGCGUGGCUGGGCGCCGCGUACCAGAUCACCGCGCAGGUGAACCUCGUGCGGCCCGGGGGGAAACCCCAGGUCAGCCACCGCGACUACCACCUGGGGUUCCAGACGGCCGAGUCCUGUGCGUUGUACCCGCGCGCGACGCAGGUCGCGACCCAGUUCCUCACGCUGCAAGGGGCAGUGGCGCACUCGGACAUGCCGCUGGCCAGCGGGCCCACGCGCUUCCUGCCCUUCUCUCAGCAGUUCGAGCAGGGCUUCAUGGCGUACCGGCUGCGCGAGUUCCAGGCCUUCUUUGACGAGAACUGGGUGAGCUGCGAGCUGAAGAUGGGGGAUGCCGUCUUCUUCAACCCCGCCCUGUUCCACGCCGCCGGCGAGAAUCGCACAACCCAUGUCCAGCGGUCCGCGAACCUGUUGCAGAUCAGCAGCGCGUUUGGCAAGACCAUGGAAAGCAUCGACACCCUGGCCAUCAUAUCCAAGUGUUGGGCCGAAGUGACGAAAAUGUACGACACCGCCGAUACCGACGACGCAGGGACGCAGCUGGGCACCAGGAAGAGAGUCCAGGCGAUUCUGAGCGCGAUGGGCAAUGGGUAUCCGUUCCCCACAAACCUCGAUCGCCGACCGCCAGCGCCCGGCGGAAUGGCACCUGAGAGUGAAAUUGACAUUCUUCAAAAAGGGCUGAUGGGAGGUUGGGAUGUUGCUGAGGUGGUCGCGGCCAUAACAGCGAUCCGAACAGACUCGAUGCCAUAG